AUGUUAUCUUUUGAUCCUACAACUGGUGAAGAAUUGCGCAUUUGUAACAUUUUGGAUAAAAAUAGGAGGUGUUGUAAAAAAACAUAUAAAAGUUUUGGAUAUUCUACUGGAAACUUGAAAAGACAUUUAGAUGAAGUGCAUGGUAUCAAUGAAGUAGAAAUAGUUGGUGAAAGAAAAAAGUCACAAAGAAAAAUAACUGAUUAUUCACAAGUAACUCAUAACCAUCCUCAAUAUAUUCAGAAAAAAAAAGAAGAGGCACUGCUUAAAUGGAUAUUAUCUGACAAGGAAUUCGCUGCCUUUGGAAAACCAACCAACCUUUGUCUAUUUUACAGUUUUAACAAAGAAGCAUUAUGUGAAAUUUUUCAACGAAGAAUUGAUUAUAUCUCAUUAACUACAGACUUCUGGACCAGUAGAGCCAAGCAUAGAUACCUUGGUAUUACUGCUUCUUUUAUUGCAACAGACUUUAGUGUAGUUGACAUCAUGUUAGAUAUUAAAUAUGUUUCUGCACCUCAUACUGCAGUUGUAAUUGCUGAUUCUCUUUAUGAAAGUAGAAUUGUAUCUAUAGUGACUGAUAAUGGUGCCAAUAUGAUUGCAUCCAUUCAAUUACUUAACCAAAAACCUGGUUGUUAUGCCAUCAAAUAUUUACCAUGUGUAUCACACACAUUACAAUUAGCAAUUAGAAAAGAAGAAAAAAAAGAUGGAAAUAAGCUUAGAAAAAUAAUGCUAUCAGAUGAGGAAUGGGAUUUAGUUGAUGAAUUAAUAACUUUAUUAAUACCUUUUGAGCAAGCCACAUGUGAAUUUUCAGGUGGUUCUUAUGUUACUUUAAGCGGUGGUGUUGCGGGGUCAUGUACAGCAAUAAGACUGGCCCAGUUGUUCAAUUUGGCAGCUGCAACUUGGCGGAAAAUUUUAGUUAUUGAUGAGAGAGCUCCAAAUGCAGAAACGUUUAAAGUUGGAGAGUCCUUGCCUGGAGAAGCAAAAUCUACACUUCAGUCGUUGGGUGUAUUUGAGGCAGUAAAUAACGAUGCAAUGCAAGGAAAACAUAACUUUUGUUACGAAAAUUGUUCUGCAUGGGGUUCUGAUGAUUUACUGGGUACUAAUACAAUAUUCAACAUUUAUGGUGAGGGGUUUCAUUUGGAUAGGCUGCUAUUUGAGGAAACGCUGCUUAAAACUGCUGUGUUGGAACAUGGUCAACUUAUAACAAUUAUGCGUGAUUCUAAGGUGACUGAGUUAUUCCUCUCCAAAGAUAUUGAUCAAGGGGAUGCACAUUGGAAGAUUACGAUUUCAAGCGACGAACCAUCACAUCCACACCAAAUUCACGGGAAAACCCUCAUUGAUGCAAGUGGCCGUCGCUGUUGUAUCCGAAAAUGUUUACCAGAUUUAAAACGAAAUUCUUCCGACAAGCUGUUGGCAUUCGCAUGUUUAUUCGAAGUCGGCUAUGACACUCCAUCCAAGACUCAAUUGAUCGAUUCGAACCAUUACACCCUCGUAGAAUCCUGUGCCUUCGGAUGGUGGUACACCAGUCUGUUGCCUAGCAAGCAACGCAUUGUUGUUUUUCAUACUGAUGACGAUCUGCUCCAUCAGAUUAAUAGAAAAAUCAGACUAGCUGAGGAGUUUAAUGAAUUCAUAAAGGAAACUUCUACGCAUAUUGCAAAACAUAUAAGCGAAUAUUCAUAUCGUCCUGUGGGGAAAAGGGUUACGUGCAUGCCUGCGAAUUCAGCAAGCCUUUCUCAAUUUGCUUCUUACGAAAAUCGAUGGAUAGCAAUUGGUGAUAGUGCUGUUUCUUUUGAUCCGCUCUCAUCCCAAGGGAUGCUUACCGCUCUAAAUAGUGCAAAGUUUGGGGCAGAAGCAAUAUUUUUCCAAUAUUUUAAUGGUAGGAAGACGAAAAACGAAGGGAAACAAAUUCAGCCCUUGGAGGUCUAUCAGCAAUACAUCGAGAACGUAUUGAGUAAAUAUAUGAGAGAAAAAGUGUUUUUUUAUAAUAAGGAACAAAGGUGGAAUAAUGAAGUGUUUUGGAAACGACGACACAAAGAUCUCAUUGAGGUGUGA